CUCCCAAAUCUUCUAAACAACAAAUCGAUCAGGGGUGCAAGUUGAGUUGCCUAGCUCCUGUCACGUUUGUUGCAAAUGUGUGUCGACAAGACAACGAAAUACGCCGUCAUUAUGGUCAUUUGAAGAUCCCGAGAGUAUACAGCUGAUCAGAAAAGACGCCGCCACCCAAGCCACUAUGGCGUCCUCUUCAGCGGGAGACAAUUCGCCAUUCAAGGUUAAAGGUCUGUCCCCGCAGACAAGAAGCCAGUCCAUGUACGUGGAAGGCAACGGCAGCCCCGGAAACGGCAGACCUACAUCAGCUGCGACGACUUCUCAUAUCACCUCGUCACUUGACCCGGUCUCGGAUGGAAGCUCUGAAACCCAGAGCGAGGCUAGCGGAAAUGAGAUAAUGAGUCAGGUUGUCGCUGUCAACAAAACUCUCGUGCAACAGAUAGACGCUCUCCGUCUGCGUCUGGAGAUCGACUACAAACACAACAAGGAACAGAGGGAUUCCAUCGUGGAGGAAACGGAUGCACAACUUGAGCAGAAGAACGCAGAACUCUCCAAUCUGAAGUCAAAGGUUGAGAAGAGGACAGCAGUCUUGACCCAUUUGACAGACAAUAACGACAAGAAAAAUAACGAGAUCGAGGAGAUACAACGUCAGAUUGAAGAUCUUCGCAGGGAUGUAGAGGACACUAGAGUAUAUGCAGAUGAACUUGAGUCCGAGGUAUCUACACUCCAGAGAGAUAAAGGGAAACUUCAGACUGGCUCGGCUUAUCAAGAGAAGGAGGACGAGAUUAGGGGACUACACAGGGAAAUCGGGUAUCUCCGAAAAAAUCUUUCCCGAUUCGAAAAAGAAUUGGUAAAAGCUAAGGAGGUGAUCUCUCAACAUGGCGGAAAGCUCAGGUUGUUGGAGAAAGAAAAUAAAAACGUUCAAGUCAAGUUCAGGGAGGAACUGAAUAAAGUCUCGCUGAACAUGAGACUUGAAAUCGGUAAAAUGCGAGAGUUGAUGAGAAGCCAGUGGCGAGAGAUGAAGGAAUUGCGAGAACAGAACGAGUCUAUGCGAAGUGACAUUAAACAGAUCAGAGACAUGCUGGUAGAACAAAGUACUACGAAAGCAUCGGCAACCAUCGAUGAGCCCCCGAAGACGCCAUUGAAAGAACAUCAUAGCCAACAUGAGCAGGCGACACCUAAAGAACAUGCGCAUAUGGCGUUCAAACCAUCACUUCCGGCUCUGAGCAAGGACUCAAAACGGACCAACGUCCACAGCAAGAAAAAAUAGGGAAUUAUAGGUUUCAGUAAAGACCAUCACUGCUAUGAAUCAAUAUCAACCAUGCCACUGAAGGCAGACAUCUGUGAUAAAAAGAAUGACUUGAUUAACAAACUGCAAUACUACAAUGAAAACAACGGCUAAAUUUGUUUUGUAAACAGUCAUACUAUCAUUUUGUAUUUUACUUGUGUGCAAUGCAUCGUGUUUUCUUUACAUAAAGUGUUGUGUUUUA